AUGCAGGUUCUAUCGUUCCUCGCUACGUUCGCAGUUGUGAUCUCCUUCACAGCUGCUCAAACCCAUCAGCGUCUGGGUGGCUGCCCUGAUCUGGGCUGCGUAUUCCCUCCUGACCAGGCGGACUUCCUUGCUGGUCAGUUCUUUGACAUUCGUCUCGAGGUCCACUCUCCGGUCAACGGUACCGAGGCGCGCGCGGGCGAGCCAGACCCCAACUUCACCUUCACCAUUGCCAAGAAGGGUGAAGCUGGUGUCCCGGCUACGAAGUACUUCAAGCAGGAUGACCCCAAACUGGAGCGCUGGACUUUCAGCUGGUAUGAGGAUCGCUUCGCUGAGGAUGCUCACACCCCCUCCGUCGUCAACGUCACUUCCAAGAUCUUCCGUCGUGUGGCCCUCCACGAGCCCGGUGAGUAUGAGGCCACUCUUAACUACUACGGCACCCAGAAGACCGUUGCGAACUGGCUCGUCCGGAAGCUGCCUACCAAGCGUCGUGCCAAGAACGUUAUCCUCUUCGUCGGUGAUGGUAUGACUACCAACAUGAUCACUGCUGCGCGUCUUAUUGCCCACAAGAGCGUCAACGGCAAGUACCUGACCAAGAUGGCUUUGGACAAGUUCCCCGUGCUGGGUCACCAGAUGACCCACUCGAUGGACUCGUUCAUCACCGACUCGGCCAACUCUGCCACUGCUCUCUACACUGGUCACAAGACGACUGUCAACGCUCUGGGUGUGUACGUCGAUUCGUCUAAGAGUCCUUUCGACGACCCCAAGUUCGAGACUAUCGCAGAGAUCUUCCGUCGCCAGCACCCUAAUGCUGGUAUUGGUAUCAUCUCGACUGCUUUCCUGGCUGACGCCACUCCUGCUGCUUUGACUGCUCACACCAGCAAGCGUGGAGAGUACGACCAUGUCAUCAGCACUUUCUACGAGGGUGUGACCAACUACACUUGGACUGAGUGGAAUGGUCCUGACGUUCUCCUCGGCGCCGGUGCGGAGAACUUCUUGAAAAGUGAGGAAGCCAAGCGCGAGUACUACGACUUGUUUGCCAAGAAGAACUACAAUAUUGCUUGGAACAAGACCGCGCUGCAGAAGGCAUCAAACGACGAGAGGCUGCUGGGUGUCUUCACCAAGUCGAACCUGCCAACUUGGCUGGACCGCAACGUUUACCAGGCCAACCUCCUUAACAAGACCAACUACCCGGAUGGCUCUGGUCGCGAUGCGGAUGACCUGCCCGGCCUCAAGGAGAUGACUUUGAAGGCCAUCGAUGUGCUGCACAAGCGCAACAGCAAGGACGGCUGGUUUAUCAUGUCCGAGGCUGCCAGUAUCGACAAGCAGAUGCACACCCUGGACUAUGACCGUGCCCUUGGUGAGCUGCUGGAGCUUGAUGACACCGUCAGUGCUACCAUCAACAAGCUCAAGUGCAUGGGCGAACUGGAAGACACCCUCAUCAUCGUUACCGCCGACCACGGCCACGGUUUCGAUGUCACCGGCUCCGUUGACACCAAGUACAUGGAGGCCCAGCACGAUGACCGCAGCAAGCGCAACGCCAUCGGCUACUACGAAAACUCCGGUCUGUCCCAGUACACCGUCGGUGGACCUAACUCCCUCCGUUACUCUGAAGGUGUCCACUUCCCCAGCCACUGGGACCCCCGCUACACCCUGCACUCCGGCGUGGUCGCUUUCCCCGACCAUCGCGAGAACUACGAGGUGCACAAGGAUGGCCCACGCACCCCCGCUGUCUCUUCCAAGGGUGACAAGCUGGGCAACGUUGCCAACUACAAGGAUGCCGUCACCGGCUUCCUGGUCAACGGUACCCUUCCCGUGGACGCCUCUCAGGGUGUUCACUCGCUGACUGACGUGCCCGUGUUUGCACGCGGUCCCUGUCAGGAGCUGUUUGGUGGAGUUAUCAACUCCAUCGAUAUCUUCUUCAACAUGGCUGAGUGCCUGGGCCUGUCGGAGGGCAAGUGA